AUGACCUACGGGCGUCGUCACAGUCACCCCGACGGUCGGGCAGCCGUGGCGGUUCGGGGAGAUGGCCAUCGCCAUCAUCUCGACCGAGGCAAGCUGUCUCAUGAUGCUCACGAUGUCAACUAUACCGAGACGAUGAAUGAUGCCUACAACAACCUGGCUCGCCACGCCUGGCCAGUCUUCAAGCACGACCAACCUCCCCUAUCCUCGGUCUCAACAAGCCGCGAGCCUUUGAUCUCGACAUCAUCUACCACAGCCAAUAAUACCCAGCCUCCCACAUCAUUCACAGACCGAUAUUCCCGCUGUCUGGAGAUCAUCCACUACGGUACAAACAGCACAGUGCGUUUACAUGAACGCAAAGCGACCCCAGGAUUCCAGUCCAGACAGCUGCUCGCCAUCAAGGUAUAUCGCCACUCGAUCGUUAGCUCGGAUUCCACGAGCAACAGCAACAACAGCACACGCAUAAUAACAUCGCCUUCCUCGCUCAAUGAUGCACACCCGCACCAUCCAAAUAUCCUUCCGAUCCUCGAUCUCCUCCAGAAUGAACGCGGCGAGCUCUGUCUGGUCAUGCCCUACUGUGCCGGUGGCGACCUGCGCACUCUCCUGUCUCGCAACAGCCCGCUCCCAACCACCGAGACGGACUGUAUCAUUGCACAGAUCCUGCGCGCGUUGGCAUUCUUGCAUAAGCACGACGUCGCCCAUCGUGAUCUGCGCCUAGAGACAGUCCUCCUCACAACCCGCGGUGCAGUGAAACUCGCUGGAUUCGGCGAUGGCCAUAUUCGACGACUAUGGGCUGAGUGUUCUGUACCAGCAGCAGAACCAAAAGACCAUCAUCCACACCCUUCCCCCCCAGCAUCCUGGUCCUUCUCUCUACCCUGGCUUUUUUCUCCAUUCUACCGCGCAACACCCUCUUCCAGUUCUCACUCGAAUUUUUCCUCCAAAAUCCCAGCCUGGAUCUCAAACACAUCAACAGCCUCCAUCCCCGGCCUGAGUCUCCCUUACAUCCCUCCUGAAGCAUUUAACCACCGCCAUCAUAAACCUCAUCACCCCCCUUUCCACAGAAAAAGCUCUACCCCGUCCACCUCCGAAGACGACGAUGAACAACCAUCACCACCAGACCCCCGCCCGGCCGAUAUAUGGGCCACAGCUAUGAUCUACAUGACACUCGUCAAAGGACGUCUGCUAUGGCACAGCGCGCGUCCUGGCAGCGAGGACGGUCGAUAUUUGGAGUAUAUUCGCUGCCGGAGUGAUGAGGAUGGGUAUUCGCCGAUUGAGGCGUUGGGAAAGGUAUGUUUCGAACGAAAGAUGGGAUGA